AUGACUCAUUCAGUUUCUGAGGCCGACAAGUUCAAACUAUCAACAGACUUCUUUGACGACUAUGUGGUUCACUUGACAGGUGAACGCAAGGUGUUUGCCACGUGGAACAGGGACAAAAGCCUUGGUAUUGGCGCCUCGGGUGUUGUUUGGCGUGAGAAAGAUGAUAAAGGGCAAUUGAGAGCGGUAAAAUCGAUGCUCCGCGACAAGAUAUUAUCGCCAAAUAGUCUCGCACACGAGCUUGCAGCUUUAAUCAGGCUACGAGAUAUAAGCGCUCCCACGGUCUUCAUCUCGAUCUCGACAUGA